UCUCAAGGAUGAGAUUUCCAGAGAGAAAACGACACGCGACAGCUGAUGGCGUUGAGCCGGAGACGCCACUCUCGUUUAGAAACCCAUUUGUUCACGAGUUAAGGUUCUCCGUGGUGCAGAAAGUCAAGAUUGCAGCGAUGACGCUAACACUCUUCCCAGUGCGUCUGUUCUUUGCUGCCUUUAUGAUGUUGCUAGCCUGGCCGUUCGCCUUCCUGGCCACUGUGGGCCGAUCUGAUGACACAGUAGAGCCUCUUAACUGGUGGAGGUGGUUGGUGGACUUGGUACUGAAAGCCAUCAUGAGAGCCAUGUGGUUUUCUGGAGGCUUCCACUGGAUCCGGGUGAAGGGGCAGCCGGCACUGCCCAGUGAGGCACCCAUCCUCACCUUGGCACCCCACUCCUCCUACUUUGAUGCCAUCCCAGUUACCAUGACAAUGGCCUCCAUCGUUAUGAAAGCAGAGAGCAAGGACAUCCCAGUCUGGGGCACUCUAAUUAAGUUUAUUCGUCCGGUGUUUGUGUCCCGUUCGGAUCAGGACUCUCGCAGGAAGACUGUGGAGGAGAUUAAACGGAGAGCUCAGUCUGCAGGAGAAUGGCCUCAGAUAAUGAUAUUCCCAGAGGGGACAUGCACCAAUAGAUCCUGUCUUAUCGCAUUUAAGCCUGGUGCAUUCAUUCCUGCGGUUCCAGUUCAGCCUGUGGUUAUUCGCUAUCCUAAUGAACUGGACACCAUCUCUUGGACCUGGCAGGGACCUGGAGCUUUUAAAAUACUGUGGCUAACAUUGUGUCAGCUGAACAACACUAUAGAGAUAGAGUAUCUCCCUACAUACACUCCCUCAGAGGAGGAGAAGAGAGACCCGGCUCUGUUCGCCAGCAAUGUCCGAUGCCUGAUGGCCAGAGCCCUGAAUUUGCCCAUCAUAGACUACUCCUUUGAAGACUGCCAGCUUGCCAUGGCCAAAGGCCCUUUGCGACCUCCUGGCAACACUUGUUUGCUGGAGUUUUCCAGGCUGGUGCGCAAACUGGGUGUGAAGACAGCUGUGACAGAGCAGGGUCUGCAGGAAGAGGCCAGCAGGGCACGGAAGCUGUGUAGAAACAGACUGGAUCUCAAAAGCUUCGCUCAGUACCUAAACCUCCCUGUGUCUGAACCAGUGAAUGACAUCUUUGCCCUCUUUGACGAGGUUUAUGGUCAAAUUGAUGUAAGAGAGUACAUUAUAGCUCUCUCUGUGGUCUGUAGGCCCCUCAAAACUCUGGAGACAAUUAAACUGGCUUUCAGAAUGUUUGAAGCAGAGGAAGAUGGAGCAGUUGUGGAGGAUGAACUGUCAGUCAUACUGAGAACAGCUUUAGGAGUGGGAGAAGUCAUCACAAAUGGUGUCUUCAGAGCUAUCGAUACAACAGACAAAGGAAAGAUCACGUUCGAGGAGUUCAGGUGGUUUGUGGAGCAGUGUCCGGAUUUCAUGGAGCAGUACCACUGUCUGAACGGACUGGACUCACAGAGAUCUCUGGCCGCCACAGAGUCUGGGCCUGUCACCAACGGCUUCUGCCCUGACUUCAGCCCCCAGGUCCAACAUGCAGGCGGCUCCACACACAGCAAGAAAGACAACUAA